CAAGUGUGUGGAUACAACAUGGCGAAUGUUGUGAAGGCCAGGUGUGCAGGUGUGUCCCGGUUACUAUCCUGGCGGUGCUGGUCACGAGCUCAGUACCCGUCCACCACGACGUUUCACCUGGACGCAGUAAGCCAGAAGAAUGACCGGCCGACGUCCGGGUCCAUCAGCAGGAGACUGAAGGACGAGGCGGACACGGUGAUCAUCGGGGGCGGGGUGGUCGGCACGGGGCUGGCCUACUGUCUGGCUAAGGCCGGGCAGAAGGACGUGGUGCUGCUGGAGAAGACAGAACUGACCGCUGGGUCAACAUGGCAUGCGGCUGGCCUCACCACGUACUACAACCCAGGCAUCAACAUGAAGAAAGUCCAUUGGGACAGCCUCAACGUAUUCAAAGAGGUGGAGCGAGAAACGGGCCAGGACGUGGGCUUCCAUGGCCCUGGAACCAUCCGGCUGGCCUCCACUCCUGAGCGGGUGGACGAGUUCCGGUACCAGAUGCAGCGGCAGGGCUGGAACAAGGCUCCGCAGUGGCUGCUGACACCGGAGGAAGUAAACCAGAUGCACCCUCUCCUCAACAUGGAUAAGGUACUGAUGGGCCUACACAAUCCCGGGGACGGACACAUCGACCCCUACUCGCUCACCCAGGCUUAUGCCAUCGGUGCCCGGAUGUACGGGGCAGACAUUUACCAACAGGCUGGGGUGACUGGGAUGAGCAUGCGCAGUGAUGGCAGCUGGAAUGUGGACACACCUCAUGGCACCAUCCACGCACAGAGGGUGGUCAAUGCUGCUGGUUUCUGGGCUCAUGAGAUCGGUCGGCUGUGCGGCCUGGAGCUGCCGCUCGUCACCGUGCAGCACAUGUACGUCGUGACGGGACCCAUCCCCGAGGUCCAGGCCAGGGAGACGGAACUGCCCGUCAUCCGGGACCUGGAGGGGGCCUACUACGCGCGACAGGAGCGGGACGGACUCAUCAUCGGUCCGUACGAGAGGGCAGAGCUGAUGAAGAUGCAGAACCACUGGGUGAGCGACGGGGUUCCUCCAGGUUUUGGAAAGGAGUUGUUUGACUCGGACCUGGACAGGAUCUCGGAGUACCUGGAGGCGGCCAUGGAGAUGAUUCCCGCGGUGCGAGACGCGGACAUCACCCGGGACGUGUGCGGGCCCAUCACCUGCACCCCGGACCACCUGCCGCUGGUCGGGCCGUUCAUGGCACCGGGGCUGCGCAACUACUGGCUGGCUGCGGGCGUCUU